UGUACCUACAAUUUUAAUCAUGAAGAUUACAGUUUUUGCCACCUGCUGCAGGUUGCUUUCUAAAUCAAUCCUUAAGAGGGAAUAAAGGGCUUCGUCUGAUAUGGCAAUCAUGCUAGAGAAGUCUGACGAGCUGCAUUACUUUGAUGUCCAAUAUGUUUUGUUUGUCUGUCAAGUUUCAUGAACUUUUGAACUGGAAAAACACAUCAUUUUUUGUGUAGAUUCUAUAAGAGCCCUUUAUUGGAUCUUGAUGCUCCUUGUAACUUACCGUGUACUUUUACGUUUUGCCUGGAUUGCUGAUAUUUUAUGCAUAAGCUGUAUUGCACAGAAUUCUUCGUUUUGUUUUCAGAAAUGUUAUGAAACUUUAUAUAUAUAAUUUAUUCUUAUAUAAAAAUUAUGGGUAAUUGAUCCUGAAGAUCACUGAACUUCCGAAUUUUUUCAUUUCAGUCACUAAACUAUUUUUUUUUUCAUUUCGAUCACUGAACUAUCAUUUUUUUUCAUUUUGGUAUUUCAGGCCAAAAAUGCUUAGGUGGCAGCCGGAAGUUGACAUGUGACAUCCAGAUUUUAUAAGUUUUACUUUGAAAAUUUAUCACACAUACAUACUUUCACUUUGAAAAUGACUUUUUUGAUCAAAUAAUGCAUAUAUGGCAACUUUGCAGGUUAAAAGAAAUUAAUUCCGGCUGCCGCCUAAGCAUUUUUGGCCGGAAAAUACCAAAAUGAAAAAAAAUGAAAGUUCAGUGCUCAAAAUGAAAAAAAAAUAGUUUAAUGACUGAAAUGAAAAAACUCGAAAGUUCAGUGAUUUUCAGGAUUAAUUAUCCAAAAAUUAUUGUUUCGCCAUUUUCCAUUUCAAUGUUUUCUGGAAUUUUUUGAUUCUAAUCUAUUUUCUAAAAAUACGAUUUUGUUGUUUUGCCGUUUUUAAAAGGCUAAACCCAUGCGGAGGCCCCUGUACUUAACCGGAUUUGUUCAGGAGGCCCUUGAGACAAAGUUUGUCUUAUAUGGAUCCCUGUACAUGUCAUUAUUGCAAUUAUUAGGCCCUUAAAUGGACGGAAAUUCACGCGUGCAUCUCAACCGACGUUAAGCUCGUAACUUCGCCGUUAACUGAGCCAUGUCAUUUAAUUGUAUGCAAAAUUGGUUUCCAGCGUGGAAAAUAAUUGUACACGUGGAUGUCGACCAAUGCACAACACGUGGAUUAGGGUUAAAUUGAGUAACCCUUUCUUAUUUACUGCCUCCUUCUUUCAUUUUGCUCUCAGUUUUUUCAUUUCCUCAUAUCUUUUCUCUCUGAAUUUAUUUUCUCUCUGAGUUCAUUUUCAUGGCGGAAGAAACGUUUGAUGGUGUAAUUCCAGUUACUGAGAACAGCAACUGCAAGUGCGGGAAAAAGGCAAAAUUGUUGGUUUCUUGGUCUGAAAAGAAUCCAGGCCGUCGAUUUUUCCGUUGCGAGGGGAAGCAGUGCUCUUAUUUUAUGUGGUAUGACGAAGAGUAUGCUCACCACAUCAAGACCAUGUUGAAUCAUCUGAAACGUCAAGAAUCUGUCUUGACUAAGGAGACAGAGUACUUGAGGGGUGAGGUUUUCCGCCUGAAAUACUUGAUGGAUCAUGCCAGUACUCUGGAUGCCAUUGAUAUGGAGAAGAAGCUGAAGGAACUGAAAGAUGACAAAGGUAGCUUGGAGGGCAAAGUGAAUGAUCUGAAUAUGGAGCUGAAAAUGGAGCUGAACAAGAAACUGGUGGAGAUGCAGCAGUAUGAGAAAGAGAUCAAGGAUGUGAAGAAGCACAAGGAAUUCUGCAACUACAUUGCCAUUGUUGUGAUUGUACUGUUGAUCAGUUAUGUUAUUAUGAACUAGUAGUAUUAGGUGUAGUUGGAGGUUAAGUAUGCACUAUAAUGUUUAAGUGCUAAUUUAUGUUAUCUUAUGUACUAAUGAUGGUGAAUUAAGUAAGUACUCUUUGUUUAAGUAAUGUUGGGAUGUUUUAAGUAAUGUAUUAAGUCAGAUAUUAUCUAUUGCAGUUGUUGUUAAUUUAUUUU